ACUUCCGAAACAUAUCGUUGGAACUGAGGUUUUUCAGCACUUCUUGGGUUGCGGAUGCGAUGUCCUAUCUGAAUCCCUUAGGAAAAGAACUGGAGCGUUUUGAUGGACUAUCGCUCAUUUACUGGACACUCAUGGGUCCAUAUGGCGUCGACCGAGCUGUUCAUUCCAUGGAAUUCACAGACUGUGAGAAUGGAUUAGGGAUCAAAGUCAUAGGAGGAGUAAAGGAAUUGACAGGAGAGGAAUUUGGAGUCUACGUCAAAAGGAUUUUACCAGGUGGCCUUGCUUCAAUUGAUGGAAACCUACAACCAGGAGACCAGAUACUGGAAGUGAAUGGGGAGAGUUUGAUCGGAGUCACCAGUGAGAGGGCGGUAGACAUUCUCAGAGCUGCGUCUUCAACCAAUCACAUGCGCCUUCUAGUUGCGAGGGAUGAAGAGGCCAGGAGAGAAUUUUCAGAGCUUCUGGAAAAGUACGGCAACAGCAACAGCAGUACGGGCUCGACGCGGAACUCUCCGAAUCAACAUGUAGGCAGAUACCUGGACAGCUCAUCGUCGGGCUCAUCGUCCAGAUCACAAAGUCCACUCCUGCUUAGUCCAGCAGGAUCUCAGAGCAACUAUAACAACACGGGACCUCUUCUGCGCUCACUCAGCCACCCAGGGGAGGGUGUGAUUCAGCUGAUCUCGCUGGCUCGGACCUCCUGCAGCUUGGGCAUCACUCUCGGUGGCGGCUCCAACAGACCUGAUGGCCCAGCAGUUUUCAUCCAGGAAGUACUGUCAGGAGGAGACUGCCACCGGGACGGCCGAUUGAGACCAGGAGAUCAACUAAUCGCCAUUAACAAGGAGUCCUUGAUAGGGCUGACCCACGAGGAAGCCAAGAGCAUGUUCAACAAAGUCAAAUUCAGCCAAGACAGUGUGGUGGAGGUUGCCUUCAUCCCUGGGAAGGGCCUGUUCCCCAGCAGCGCGUCUCUGCACAACGGAGUCCAGAGGGGGGGGAACGGCUACAACCCCAGCCGGUUAAAAGUGCACGUCCGCUCCCCAGAGAUUUUCCCAGAAGAACCUGCCCCAGUGCCUUCAUCCUCUCCCGAAAUCUGCCAUUCAGAGGUCCACGCCCCAGGCACAGGAUCCUCAGCAUCACAGAAACCUGCCACUGUAGCCAAACCCAAGAUCACCCUGGACCCCCACAUACGGCUCAAAUCAGAGAAACUCGACUUGGCGCUGACGUACCUGGGCCUGGACAUCAGCGAGGAGAAGAGGCGGAAGCUGAGGCAGAGCCUCGCCACCGAUCCGCAGGGCAACGUGUCGUACGGAGACUUUGUGGAGGCUACCCGCAUGGUGUUCCCAGAACAGCUGGAGGAAGCUGGCCUGUCCCAGGGGCCGUUCAUGUUCUCCUACCAGGAGGCAGCCAGUCUGAUGGACACCUCCGCCUUUCACUCUCCAACGUACGAGACGGAGUGCCGGUACAGCACGGAGGAGCUGGAGCAUUUCCAGACGGAGGUCAAGCAGCUGCAGCAGCACAUGAAGCAGCUCCAGGUGCUCCUGAAGGACAAGGAACAGAGUAAGAAAGUGCUGGAGGAGGAAGUUCAGAAGACGACAGAGAAGGCCACAGCGACGGUGGAGGAGAACAAGAGUCUGAAGGCGAAGUUGCAGGUGGCCGAGGCGGGCCCGCGGCAGUCCAACAGCGCCGAGCAGGACUACGAGGAGGUGAUCCAGCUGCUGGAGGCCGAGAUCAAAGACCUCAAGAACCAGCUGGCCGGCCAGAAGCAGCGGGGCCUCGAGGCCACCAAGGAGGACGUGAUGGAGCUCAACAGGAAGCUGUCGGCCAUCGACAACCAGCUGAGGAAGUCCGAGCUGACGCGCAAACACCUGGAGAUCUCCAACAAGAAACUGCUGGGGUUCGCUCAGAAUGUACAUAAAGUUCUCUCCACCACAUCGUUAUUUGGGAUGGAAAAUGGGAGCCCUCGGUCGUCCCAGGCCGCCGAUAGCCCAGACACACCGUCGCCCAUCCCAGACCAGGCGUGCCAGCUGGCAGCGGAAGCCAAGGAGCUGGUGGACGGUGUGUGCUCCCUGUGUGUAGAGACCCCAGGCGGCGCGGAGGUUCGGAGCGACGCUGAGGAGGCAGGAAAGGAGGGCUGCGCAGAACCACCAACUCUGUGGCCGCCACCUCCUGACAAGCAGUGUCUCUAGAUGACCGGAUGCAAAACAGAUCACUUGGUGAAGAUCGGUGGACUCAGAGGACAUGGCAUUGACUGACCAGAGACUGUAGAGGCAAAGACUGUGAAGCUUUGGAGGUCCUGUUGAUGUUAACUAGUUGAAAGCUUUAUUUUUUUUCUGGAUUGCAUUACCGAUUGAUUGAAAGCUAUAUAUAGAGGAAAAAUGUUUUUUUUUCUAAUACAACUGUAUCUUGUAAGUAUUCAAUGUACCUUGUUACCAUGCAGGCAGAGUGCUUUUGCACUCUAGUGAGAAUGCAGAUGAAGAAUGAUUACUUGUUACUGAAUGAAAAGGCAGACAGCCCAAGGUCACCUCAAGGACUACAUGUCCCAUGGUGCAACAGCAUCACAGGAAAUAAAUAGCCAAGAAGUUCUUAUGUACAGAAGUCUUCAAAGGGCACUC